UAACUUUUUAAUUUACAGUUAUUUUCAUAACUUACUUUGAUUUUGUUUCUAGCAAAAUUAUGGCUUUUUCAUGCUCUGACUCUUUUGCAUCAUUUGCACUUUUAAAAGAAGCUAUCAGGAAUUACGAAGAUACUUCUUUUAUAAAGUUGUGGGUAAGAGAUGCCAGAACUAUUGAGGCUGCUAGGAAAUCCAUUCCUAUAAAAGCUGCUUUUAUGGCAGCUGAUAUUAAAUACUAUUUUAUCAAAUACUGUUGCAUACAUGGUGGUCAAAAAUUUAAAUAUUGUGGCAAAGGAAAACGUAAAACUUCAACUUUUAAAAAAGACUGUCCAUUCUACCUGAAUUUUAAAGCUUCUGAAGAUGGACAAUUUUUAGUGUUACAUGCAAUGAAUAAUACGCAUAAUCAUGAAGUAUCUGAAAUUCUCUAUAAGCACUUGCCUAACUCGAGAAAACUUCCAGAUUAUGCUAUUGAGAAAGCUAAAGAGUUGAUGCAUUUAAAACCCAACAAAAAACUGCUACAAAAAGAGUUGAUCAAAUCCACAGGCAAAAUUAUCACUCUUAGAGAUCUUUCAAACAUUGCUGCUUCAUCUAAGAAGGUUGAAAGCAGGAAUGAUAUCACAACCUUUGUUACAACUUUAAAAGAAAAAUAUAAUGCUAAUGUUGAAGUUUUAUUAGAUUCUGACAACAAUUUGAAAGGGAUUUUUUUUCAAGACGAUUUUAUGCACAGUGCGUACAAUUCAUAUCCAGAGUUCCUUUGUUUUGAUGCAACAUAUAAACUGUUACAAAUUCGUCUGCCUGUUUAUAUUAUACUUUGUGAAGAUAGUUGUGGUGAAAGUGAAGUAGCUGCCGUUGGUUUAAUUACAAAUGAAGAUGCGGCAUCAUUGAGUUGGUUUGUAGAAACAUUUAAAAAAAACAACUGUUCCUGGUCUAAAACUAAUGCCAUAAUUACGGACAAAGACUUAAACGAGAGAGAUGUUUUACGUGCUUCUUUUCCUGAUGCAUCUCUUUUACUUUGCCUAUUUCACACUCUUAGAACAUUUAAUCGUGAAAUUUCCACUGUAAAACUUGGCAUCACAAGUGGUCAACGAACGUCUUGUCUAGAACUCAUUCAAAAAUUAGCAUAUGCAAGAUCAGAGACACAGUAUAAUGAAUUUUAUGACAUAUUUGUUUCUUUAUCGCCAACUACAGUUCUCGAAUAUUUUAAUAAUAAUUGGCACAACAUUCGUAAUGAAUGGGUCUUUGGCUUAAAUUAUGCUUGUGCUAAUUUUAUGAACACCACUAACAAUCGUCUUGAAAAUUUUAAUGGAAAACUGAAAGAAGUGAUUGAUUGUAAUAGUACUUUAGAAAAUUUUCUUGAAAAUUUAUAUGUUUUGUUAGCCUCAAUGCGAAAUGAGCGAGACCACAAAACUAUUUUCAAAAUGCAGAAAAUUUGUAUAGACUUUUUUGAACCUAAUUCAGUUGAAUCAGAAUAUAAAAAUAUUUUGACAACAUAUGCAUUUGAGCAAGUAUUGAAACAAUUUUCCUUGCAUUCAGAAGUAAAUCUUUUUUGUGACAAUGAAAACUAUAUAGUUAAAAGCAGUGAAGGUAUGCUUAUAGUUACUUCUGAUUCGUGUGGUUGUAUGUUUAGAAAAUCAAUGGGUCUGCCGUGUCGCCAUAUCUUCGCAGUUCGCCAGUUGCUAGGUUUGAAUCUAUUUGAUGCCAAGCUAUGUCUAGAAAGGUGGACAAUAAAGUAUUAUCGUCAGCAUCAAAGAGUUUUUAAUACUUCUUCCGAAACUAAGGAGUCUUGUGUGCAGAUUAGUGUUGCUCCAAGAAAAAAAACAAUCCUUUCUCAGCAUGAAAAGUUUAAACUUGCACUUCGUACAACUUCACUGUUAGCUACAUUGGUUUCAGAGUCAACUGGACCUUCUUUUGAACAGAGAAUGGGUCUUCUACAAGAACUGCAGAAGGGUUGGGAGCAUGGCAAAGUCAUGGUGUUAAAUGAACUUAUUGAGACAGACUUAGGGGUAUCUGAUAUAGUCUCAAAUCAAACUUUUUCAGAUGCAGGAGCACCAAAUGAUGUAGAUUUAAUUGAAAUUUUGAACAAAGAGGAGGGAAAUGAGAUUGAUUUUAGAAAUGUGUCUUCAGAGGAAUAUGUUACUAUCAAUAAUUUACAACAAAACCAAGAAAAAUGUUUUGUUGUGCAGGACAAAGCAGGUUUAGUAGAUACUCAGUUAAAAAAGAUUUGCUUGCCUCAAAAUGUUGUCCAUUGUGGACGACCUAAAGGUGCUACUCAUACAACAAUAGGUCUUCCUAAAAAACGUCUUUGUCGGUCUUCUGAUGUGCCAGUUCCUUUUAUAAAACUUGAACCAGCUAAAAGACAUGCUUUGAUGCUUGGUUGGUUUUUAAAAGCUGAUGACGUACAGAAAGCUCUUUCUGGUACCCUUAUCAAUAAGAGUGCUGUAGAAAAAAGACCGAAUUGUAUUCCCUCAUCUAUACUUGAUGAAAGUGCAUUAGAGUUACUUUCUUCAUUGCAAAUAUACUUUAGCUCGGAUGCAUGGAAAGCACUUGAUAAAGUAAUCAAGGCUAAAAAAAAUCAGCAUAUCUGGCCAUGUGCUGUAUGUCUGAAGAGCACAAGCGAAGGAAAUAAAACUGGUAAUGCAAUAGCAUGUGAUUCAUGCUUAUUGUGGUCACAUAAAAAAUGUGUAGGACAAAAAGAGAAUUCCUUUUUAAAAGCAAGGUAUUGGUUUUGUCGCACUUGUUAUGGAAGGUAAUGA